AUGGAGAAUAAUACGAACCCGUCGCCCUUGACGCAACCUCAGGUGAAGGUUGAGAACGACCAUAACGAUCCGAUCAACGUCAAGGUGGUCAAUUCGGCCACGGACGAAGAGGUUUAUUUCAAGAUCAAGAAGAGCACAAGGUUGACCAAGCUGCAGACUGCUUAUGCGGAGAAAGUGGGCAAGGACGUACAUGAUAUUCGUUUCCUCUACGACGGCAACCGUAUUCUGGACGACGAUACACCCGCGUCGCUGGACAUGGAGGAUAACGGUCCGUAA